AGAGAGAAAUUGCCAAUUUGUUUAGAUUAUUUUUCGCUCACUUCUUUUAUUUUGCUAUUGGAAUUUGGCAUAUUUUUUGGAAGGCAAUUCCUCUCUUUGUUUGAAUAUCAAAUCAUAACAAAAUACCAUAAAUAAUUUUGCUUGCUCUUUGGGCUCUUUAUGGAAAUUUGUGAAAAGAGACAGCUGACUCUCUAAUGAUAUUAAAAUAGUAUGUAUUUAGUUGUUGCGUGCUUUGCUUUGUCACAUGAUUCGUUUUUCUUAUAAUUAUGAUUUUUGACAACAUUGAGCAAAAUUUCCUCUUAGGCUGCUAGUAAUAGUUCAGUUUGCAAACCGGCAACAUGGUUAAUCUGACGCUCUACGGAUUGGAUCCCAGUCCGCCAACGCGUGCCGUCAAAAUGACGCUGGCUGCCCUACAAUUAGCCUAUAAAUAUGUUAAUGUUAAUGUGCUCAAGGCAGAACAGCAUUCACCAGCUUAUCUACAAAAGAACCCACAGCACACGGUACCCAUGCUGGAGGAUGGGCCAGUUCGUUUCUGGGACUCGCACGCCAUAAUGGCUUACCUGGUGCGUAAAUAUGCCAAGGAUGAUUCACUGUAUCCCAAGGAUUUCUACAAGCGUGCAUUGGUGGAUCAACGACUGCACUUUGAGUCGGGCGUGGUGUUUGCUCAUGCUCUGAUAAGCAUAACGCGAAUGGUUCUCUUCCUAGGCCAGACAAAGGUGCCCAAAGAGCGCAUUCAGGCAAUUGUCGAAACUUACGAUUUUGUGGAAGCCUUUCUCAAGGAUCAGGAAUAUAUUGCCGGCGAUCAGCUGACCAUUGCAGACUUUAGUCUCAUCUCCUCCAUAAGCUCAAUGGUUGCAUACGUCGAAAUCGAUCCCGUUAAAUAUCCCAAACUGAGAGCUUGGAUGCGUCGCAUGGAACAGCUGCCAGUUUAUGCAGAGAAUUCGGUAGGAGCGCGUCUCUUUAUAGCUUCAGUGAAGAAGGCAAAGUUCACAGUGGCCGAAUGAGAGAAGAGCAGAGAGCAGAGAGAUAACUGUAAGUGGCAAUUCUAUUUUCAAUGUGAAAUAAACAGAACGCACGUCCACUCAA